AGGGUUUUGAAUAGUGAAAGUGCUGGGAUUGAACUUGGCUGUCACAACGUCUCUACUUUCUCAACUCCAAUCAAGAGCGUCGAGAGCUCUAUCCCCGUGAAGAACCCAAGAGGAGAGUACCAAGUAUGUCCUCUGAAGCGGCAUAAUACUUUCAAUUGGCUCUUGGUCUUGAGCGGUUCUUGAAACGAAUCCGCGUAUCACAUCGCUGUACGAUGGGAUUUCAUGCGCGCAUACGGAUCUGUUGAGGGGGCAAUCGAGAUCAUGUGGUGACCCUCUUUAGGCGCCGGGAAGCUAUGUAUUCCUUCUCAGUCCCCCUCCAUUUACCAUUCAUACCGCUUCCAUGGACAUGACUCUCUGGACUCCACGAAGGGUCACGCUCGAUCCUGCGCGCAUUGAUGUUUUGUGAUGUGAUUUAUCAUUUGAUCUGAACUUUAUCUACGACUAUCACAUUCAGAUCCGACCUGUUCGCAGAGCAACAAUCAACUUUAUACGACUUCACUUGCCAUGUUCUCACUGGGUCUCCCACUGCACGCGACUUCAAUUGAUAUAAUCGAUGACGAGGAUAGCUGGCCACGCCGACCAUAAUUCCUUGCUUGUGAGACGUCAGCAAUUCUAUCGACUCUCAAGUUAAACUCCUUUCGCUGGACGAAAGCGUCGCAGUUCUCACUCUACGUGGCUGCCGAGGAAGAUUCGGAUUGCCAUGGGAAGGCUUAUCAAAAACCACUGGGCCCGCUUGAUAAUCCUCACGGCCGCAGCAUAUCAAGUAGGCAGUGCCAUCGAAGGCUUCAUCUGGCCGAAAGUGUUCUGGGAUUUCAUGACGAAGAACCUCAAUGGCGCAGUAAAACCGAUCCCGGUGUUACAAAUUCUCAACCUGCUUUUAGGACUGCUUGGUCUCGCAUGGGAAUGGCCUCUGAAAUACUUUGCCGGGACGUUACCGCAUCGCAGUAUCGAAUUCCGUCUUAUCCUAUAUCCUCUUAGCGCUCUACUUUCCAUGCUCCUAUACCAGGGAACUGAUCCCGCCAUAUAUUACCUUGUCGGAAUAGGUGUAUACUUCUGGGCUUAUUCCGAAGGCGAGGUUGUCUGCGCGGUACCCUGGACCUUGCCUAAACGAAAUUCCCUCAAAGUAUAACGAUGCGCUUGAAUUACGACCUAAUGACGUGAACGACAUAAUUAAUGACUAUUUGGGCGGCCACCGGCGUUUACCCCCGGUUCUUCAAGAUAAGAUAUGAGUAGCCAGCAAUGGCCUUACCUGGUUUCAGUCCGACCCUCUCUUUCGACCAUAAUUGAUACCACCGAUAGUGAGGCACAGAGGAAGACCUUGAACAGAAAAGAAAAAAUGGAGGCAUUAUGAACACGCUCAUCAAACCAAAUGAUCAAAGCCAAGUCCAUGGAGCGCGAACUUUAGACCCAAAGCAACCUCCAAUUAAUUGGGCAGAGUACAUACUAAAGCGACGGAUAAUAGGCUAAUAGCCGGAUUGGCGACUUCAGUGGGUAUAGUAUCUUGGCUCAUGUACAUACAUAUAUACUACCUAUAUAUACUAGUGCUAUCUUUAGACAUCGAAUAAAUUCAGAGAAAAAU